CUGCCUCAGGCCCCGCCCCGCCCCUGGGCGCAGGGCUACAUCCGCCCGGCAGCCUCCCGCGGGGCUGCGUCACCUUCAGGCCGCCGUCCGCUUCUGUUGUGCGCGGGGGCCGCCAGGCGGCGCUGCAGGCCGCCGCCUCCCCGUGACCUUUCCCCUCCCGGAGGCGCCGAAAUCAAAGUCCGCGGCCCGGGCCCGCGGGAAGAAGGCGGCAUGUCCAAGAAAAGGGGACUGAGUGUUGAAGAGAAGAGAAGUCGCAUGAUGGAAAUAUUUUUUGAAACAAAAGAUGUGUUCCAAUUAAAGGAUGUAGAGAAGAUUGCUCCCAAAGAAAAAGGAAUUACUGCCAUGUCAGUGAAAGAAGUCCUGCAAAGUUUAGUUGAUGAUGGGAUGGUGGACACUGAUAGGAUUGGAACUUCCAAUUAUUUUUGGGCUUUCCCAAGUAAGGCUCUUCAUGCCAGGAAGCGUAAAUUGGAAGCACUGGAGACUCAGCUGGCUGAAAGUAGCCGGAGGAAAGAGAGUUUACAACAGAGCAUCGAGAAAUCGAAAAUUGGACGUCAAGAUACUGCAGAACGUGCUGCUUUAAUAAAAGAACUUGCUGCUCUUCGACGGAAAAAUGAACAGUUAAAGGCCGAAAUAGGCAAAUAUAAGGAAUGUGACCCUGACGUUGUUGAAGAAAUCCGUCAAGCAAACAAAGUAGCCAAGGAAGCAGCCAACAGAUGGACUGAUAACAUUUUUGCAGUAAAAUCUUGGGCCAAACGGAAAUUUGGAUUUGAAGAGAACAGAAUUGACAAAAGCUUUGGGAUUCCAGAAGAUUUUGACUACAUUGAUUAGUUUUCAGUAAUAAUUAAUGGCACAGUUGUAUAUAACCAGUUAAAUAUGUCUCAGCUGGCAUUUAUCUUUUUGGUUUCCCUCCAAAGAAACCAACCCAGCUUGUAGUAGUUGCACUUUUCAUCAAUAAAAUAUAAAACCCA